AUGGAGAGAGACGAAAGCGCUGGCAAAGAAACCCGCUACCGCGGCGUCCGGCGGCGUCCGUGGGGGAAAUUCGCCGCCGAAAUACGCGACUCGUCUCGCCACGGCGCUCGAGUCUGGCUCGGAACUUUCAGUACUGCUGAAGAAGCUGCCCGCGCUUACGACCGAGCUGCUUACUCCAUGCGCGGGUCGCUCGCCGUGCUGAACUUCCCCGACGAACGGCAUUUGUAUGCGGCAGACGCCUCCGCCUCGUCGUCGAGAAAUGAGACGAAGAAGGAAGUGAUCGAGCUCGAGUGUUUGGACGAUAAGGUUUUGGAGGAUCUGCUUGAUUCGGGGGAGGAGGAGAAGAGUAAUUGAGCCAAAUCUGCUAUCGAUCUAUCUGUUUUGCUGAACAUUUAAACUGCAGUUAGUAAUUAAGAUCCUGAACUUCAGUAGCUAGCAAUUAAGAUUAAUGAUCAGAUGUAUUGUAUUAGGCUUAAGUUUUAAAGGAACUUUAUUAAG